CUUCGCGUGUGCUUGGUGCUUUAUAAAGAUCGGAUACUGUGUUUCUAGUGCUGUGACAAUGCAUAUGUGCUGAAUUUGCAAGUUUCCGUAUACACCUUAAAGGAUUUUAACGACACUGCAAGUUCCGGAUCAGCUCAGCCGAUCGUCGUGAUGAAAGUAGUAAGCCUUCAAUUGCCGUCUGGGCCUAGUAUGGAGCGAUUACCGCUACCAUUCAGCCCGACUGAGCUUUUAUGGCGGUACCCUUUACCUUGGGCGCCGCCACCACCGUCACCUCUUGGCGAUACAAAAGCCCAGUUGCCUGCUGGUCUACCUCCAGAACCAAGACUGUGGACACGUGAAGAUGUCAUCGUAUUCCUAAAAUGGUGCGAGAGAGAAUUCGAUUUACCAAAAUUUGACGUGGAUCUUUUCCAGAUGAAUGGUAAAGCCUUAUGCCUGUUAACCAAAACAGACUUAGGCGAGAGAUGCCCUGGAGCCGGAGACGUCUUGCACAAUGUCCUUCAGAUGUUAGUUCGCGAUGCAUGUUUACUCGGACGAAUGCCGUCUUCCCCAGUGACUCCAACAGCUCGCGCCGCUCCGUACCCACCAUCGCCACAUUCUCACCCUCCAACCCCCACCUGGACUGUCGACGGAUUCCACCACUUUCACGGAGCCGUCGCAGCGGCUGCGCAACCCAACUCUGUGACAUUAAGUCCGGCACCGUCAGUCGAUAGUUCGGGUAGUCCGCAAAGGGGAGAAUCUAUGACCUAUGCCCCAGCAUACGCUCCUCCUGUACCAAUAAAUGCUCAAGCUAGCUCGGGAAGUAAUCAGUCAGAUUCUGAUGAAGAAGCCCAAUUCUCGCAAGCUCCUCGUUCCCCAAAAGAAGUUGCUCAGAACAGCCCUGCACCACAAACACACGUUGUUCCUCAACAUACACACUACAGAGUUCAGCAUAGAGAAUUCUUUCCGAACGAUAUGCCUGAAUCUAAUACAAAUGGAAGACUUUUGUGGGAUUUCUUGCAACAGUUGUUAAAUGAUCCCACGCAAAGAUACACUAAUUACAUAGCUUGGAAAAACAGAGAAACUGGUGUGUUCAAGAUCGUAGACCCAGCUGGACUCGCCAAGCUUUGGGGUAUUCAGAAAAAUCAUCUUUCGAUGAAUUAUGACAAGAUGUCACGUGCUCUACGAUAUUAUUACCGUGUCAAUAUACUGCGAAAAGUUCAAGGCGAAAGACAUUGUUACCAGUUUCUCAGGAACCCAACAGAACUGAAGAAUAUAAAGAAUAUUUCGCUAUUGAGGCAACAAAUGGGCCAUACACAACAGCCUGUCAAAACAGAAAUGAAAGAAGAACGUUGUGAAGAAGACAACAUAGAUGAAGAUAUGCCGACUGACUUGAGCAUAAACACGUGUGAACAGUGGCGGAAGCGGACGUGGCCCGACUCCGCCUCGGCGCCGCACGACAAACACCGCAUCAGCGCCCUCAUUGGCGAUAGUAUUAUGAUGAUGAAAAGAGACGCAGAAUACAAUUCCGAACAAUGUGCUCUAAACUUAAAAAGUGAAAAAUGUGAACAAUGAUUAUUACAGACACAUGUACACUUCUAAUGUGAUGUGGUGUUAAUAAACAUUAAUUGUGCGACAAACUACUCCAACGGCUUAGUUCUAGUCAAAUUUCUCUCAGAUGUUGAGUCUUCCUCUUAACAGAAAGUAGAAUAUUAUGUGGGAAUUAAAUGAGGUAAAUCACUGAGAGCGCUUUGACAUAUUUAGUGUAGCUUUUGGAGUGUAACAGGGUAGGACAUGGACCUAAAUGAUGCCUUUGUGCCAAGUGAUUUUUAUCUAAUAGUGUCAAUUACAUUUAAGUAGAUAGCAAAGGGGACAGAAGUUUAUUUGUGUUAAACUAUACUAAUAUUUUGUGCAAUGGACCAUUUAAAACUGUGAACUGAAAUUAAGCAGUUGCAAAUUGAAAAUUAAAAGAGGUUGCCGAUAUCUACUGCUGCGCAGAGUUAUCUCAUGUACGCGCCCAAAAUGCAUUUUUGUUAAUUUAAUUAUUAGUUAUUUCUAUGUUUAUUUUCGUUUUUUUUUUUUGCAAAAUAGCUGAGAGAUAAAAGUUAUGAAAGAAUAUCACAUGAAACUUUAUAGUCUUCCAUUAAUUUUAUUACAAACGUUUCAAUUGUAGCAUGUGAAACAAAAUAUUAUUAAAGCUACCACACAACAUUAUAUUAUGAACAUAAUAAUUAAUUAGAGUCUAUCAAAACAAAUUUACUAAGAUAUUUUGGUGUCAAUUUGUCCCACAAAUUAUUAUUAUAUAAAUAUAAAAAUAUUAAUAUAAAAGACAAUAAAUUAGUUAACCUACCUAAAACAAUGCCUUGGAAUCAAUCAAAAAAAUCCACUGUGAUAAAAAGUAUGAAGUGGUAGUCUUGUAGAAUAUGCUAGGGCUUUUACUCAAUGAUUUCCAGCUACAAUUUUCUGUGAUCUCUUUUAACAAUAUAGGUAAAUAAUCAAAUAGAGAGUAAAAUUAUUGCGUUUGUAAAUAUUGGUUAAGAAGUAAGUUAGAUUAAGUGAACCAAAAGAGUGUAUGUAUGAUUUGUCAAACAAAAUGUGGAGCUUUAUUAAAGUACCUAGGUAUCCAUAAGAGAUAUUACAACUGAGUUUGUAUUUUUACAAUAAUUUCUAUUUGGCAUCAGCCAUGAUUUCCAACUUGUACACAAUAUGAAUAAAUAUUAAAAUAUUGUGUCAGAUUUAUAACUUAAAAUAAAUGGAAGUAAUGUUA